AUGACAACCCAUAGACCUGAGAACGUCUCAGCUGGUCCUUGGAGGGAGUUUGUGCUGGAAGGAUUCCAGGGAGGUGUGAAGACCCAGGCCCUGCUCUUUGCUGUCUUCCUGGUCCUAUACACUGUGACCAUCCUGGGCAACCUCACCAUGAUAACAGUCAUCACCCUGGACGCCCAGCUGCACUCCCCCAUGUACUUCUUCCUCAAGAACCUGUCCUUCCUGGACAUCUGCUACUCAUCUGUUUUUGCUCCCAGAUCACUGACUAACUUCUUCUCUUCCUCUAAAGUUAUCAGUUUUGGAGGCUGUGUGACCCAGUUGUUUUUCUGGUCCUUUCUUGGUACCACUGAGGCUUUCCUAUUGGCUGUGAUGGCCUACGACCGCUUCAUGGCCAUCUGCAAGCCCUUGUCUUACCCUAUGACCAUGUCCCCCAUGAUGUGUGCCUGCCUUGUUCUCAGCUCCUACCUUGGAGGCUGCCUCAACUCCAUCGUGCAGACCAGCCUCACAUUCCAGCUCCCCUUCUGCCGCUCCAACCACAUCAACCACUUCUUCUGUGACGUGUCCCCUCUGCUGCACCUGGCUUGUGCUGACACGACUCUCAAUGAGCUGGUCAUGUUUGGCAUCUGUGGCUUCAUUGCAGUGAGUGCUACAGUAAUAGUCUUGGUGUCCUAUGGCUAUAUCACGGUGACCGUCCUCAAGAUGCGUUCAGGAUCAAGGGGACAAAAGAUCUUCUCCACCUGUGGCUCCCACCUCACAGCGGUGUGCCUGUUUUAUGGAACCCUCAUCGUCAUCUAUGCGCAGCCAGGGGAUGUGGAGUCCACAGAGCAGGGCAAGGUGGUCUCCAUCUUCUACACCCAGGUCAUCCCGAUGCUCAACCCCCUCAUCUACAGUCUGCGGAACAGAGAUGUGAAGAAUGCCCUGAGGAGGCUGGGGCAGAGACGGGCGGCCCUGUGA